AUGUUUGAAACAAAGCCAAGCAUUAAGUGCCCUCCAUUCGCAAUUACCUUCUUCGCCGUGUUUUUGUGGAUGACUGCAUAUUUGUCACUAUGCCCAUUCAAUUUCAUUGUUUCAUUUCUGGUGAGAUUAACCUCAAUGGUGGUCAAAGAGUUCUUUCAUUUGCCAGUUUUCCUCAUCCUGUUGGUAUUGUUUCAUUCAGUAAAUACUCAGUAUCACCGGGAUUCACGCGAAAACUCCUUCUCUGGAGGAGCAAUCGGUGAUGUAUGUUUGCGGGAAUCUUAUCUUGACGUCAGAUGCCAAAGCUUUAACUAUGUGUUCAUCCAAGAAAAGUGUGAGUUGAGCAAUCGCAUAAAGGAAGCCAGGCCUGAAGAUUUUGUACCCAACUCUGAGAGGUAUUACUUCAGACGAGAUACGUAGAGAGGUGGGCGUUAAGGCAAAAUGAUUCGGCCAAUUGUCUUAAAGGGGAAGACAUCGCGUUUUUCUCUUUACAUUCUCGUUUUCUUAUUUUCUAGCUAUUCUCGGUGCCAUUCCAGAGCUGUCUGCAGACUCGUGCAAGGAAAUCAAGGCGAGUGAAGGUGGACAGGUGGUCAGCGGCAAACACUGGCUGAAUUUCGUCAAACCUGACACUCCUGUGUUGACUCACUGUGAAAUGAAAACCGUAGGUAGAGGAAGAAAGUUAAACAGAAUGGAUAUACACUAAAAAGUAUUGUACAUAGCGUAAAAGCUAACGGUAAGCUUUUCUGUCAGGUACAAUACUAUCUUGUUGUCGAUCGUAAGUCUGAUCGUUUGGUAGAAACACACAUAGUAAGUCUUUUCCUGGUACACCAGGAAAAGACUUACUAUGUUAAAGAAAAGAUAAAUUGUUCUUAGUCGUUUAAGAUUUCUUCCUCGGGAAACUAGUUAUGAAGCAGGAAGGAACUCUUUUGUCAGCCCUUACAGAGUAUAUGGCUGGCUCUUAAUCUAACAGCAGGAGACUAAAAUUAACUUAAAUCGCAUCACCCACGAAUAAGCGCCCGCGCAUUUCGAAACAUGGCAGAUCUUUUUUUUAAUCUUAUCUUUUCUCUUAUUUAUAUAUUUUAUAUCUUAAUCCAUGUACGGCAAUAGAUGACUGCAAGAAUUGCAUAUUCAUAGGAAUCUUUUUUUUUUCAAAUUAGGAUUUGAUAAAUCUUGACUCGUUUGCAUCCUACUAACUAAGGUGAACUCAUUGUUUAUGCUUUGCUUCAAUUCCCAGCACCAAGCAACGACUCAAUAUGUUAUUGGAAUGAUAUACAUAGAAACUCUUGGAAAGCCUGCCCGAUAAAGCUGUUUGACACUCACGCUCUAGGCCUUUUUUUUAAUGGUGAAUAACUUGAUUAAAGAGGAUCUGAACAAUAAUUUGCUUAAAAUUGUGCUUCAUGAUCAAUGGAUAUUGUAGCUCUAAACGCUUUGCAUAUUCAUCUACAGGCGAAUGUAAUACCUGCGUUAGUGUUUGUGAUGUGAACGCUGACUGGGAAAACACUCUGGGAUCGUAUCGCUGCUCUUGCAGAGCCGGUUUUUCUGGAGAUGGACAUACCUGCAAA